CUUGCAGCAUUCUCUUCUGCUCACAAAUCCACAAUUCGCAACCCUAAACAAUCACAAAAAUCACAAAAAUUCAACCCCGCAACGCUAACCAAACAUUAUAACUUUUUGAAAAUGAAAUUUGGAACCGCAUACAUCGCUCUCGCCUGCGUCUUGGCCACCAACCACAAUGGAGUCGCCGCAUUUUCUAUCCGACCAAGCGCUCGGUCGACGACCCCAAGUUCAAUCGCCUUUAACAAGAACUCAGUUCCACGACAGUCGAUGGCGCUCAACACCUCUGUGGAGUCCUCCUCGACARCYGACCAAGACGACGAGAUCRCGCGCCUCAAAGCCAUGGCGCAGAAAUUGCGCUCGGAGGCCGCUUCCCUCGAGGCCGAGCAGGCCGAAGAACGCGCCAACAUCGCAAAAAUGGCGUUCGAAAAGUUCGACGACAACUCCGACGGAAAGAUCUCGAAGGAAGAGUUGAAGGCAGGACUGGAGAACUCCCUCAAAACUGAGAUCAGCGAGGAACGCGUSCAGAAACUCAUGGACAAGUUCGACAUUAGUGGGGACGGAUACCUCCAGCUGGAAGAAAUGGUUUCCGUCGACCAGUUCAGAAAUCAACUGGAGGCCUUUGCGAGAGAAGAAAAGCAAUUGGCACGAGAUGCGAUUGUCGAAGCUCAGAAAGAAGAAGAGGCCGCGCGAAUGGCCGAAGCAAGACUGGCUCUCUUAAAUGACAAGGAACCUACCCAAACGGACAAAAUCGUCAGUGUUUUGCCAUAUUUGUUCCCACUAUUGGACAGCCUUCAAUUCGGCCGGUUCUUAAUCCUGGACAACCCCGAAAAUCCACUCUUUUUUKYCCUGGCUUUAUUGUAURCAGCUUACAGGACUAUUCCGUUUUCUGGAUUUCUCGCAUUCAUAGCCCUGAACACCUUGUCGAAUAAUCCGGGCCUGAACAAAUUGGUACGGUUYAACAUGCAACAGGCCAUCUUCAUCGACAUUGCCCUCUUCUUCCCUGGUCUAAUUGCAGCCUUGGUCGGAGGAUUGGGAGGGAUGGCUGGAAUCCAGAUCCCAGCCGCUGUCAAUCAGGCCGGCUCGACGGCCAUAUUUGGGGCCCUCUUGUUGGUUGUUACAUACGCUUCGAUAAGUUCCCUGCUAGGCAUCAAGCCCGAUAAGAUCCCUCUGAUAUCCAAGGCUGUCGAAGAUCGAAUGCCUACCAUCGACAUGUUUGAUGAUGCUGGACGUUUCAUUCCUAGAAACGAAAGGCAAGAAAAAGACGAUGAAGGCGAGAAGAAAAACUAGAAAACACUGAAACGUUCGAUGCAGCAGACAAUGAUACUGGGUCAUAACAACAAAGUAGAACUCCAAAGCGAACUCUGUAAAAUAAAAUAAAUCAUCAAUU